CCAUAUGACUCCGUUGAACUAAACGUUUAUGACGAUGACAGCGAUGUAUUAUAACCUAAGUUCUGAUAAAUUUUAAAAAAUACAAUUAUUAAUAAACAUUGGACAUAAAAUGGUUGUAGACGAAACAUAUAUUGUCAUUUAAUAAAAUGGAUGGAUUACAUUCAUUUGAGAAUGAUAAAUCUUCAUUUUGGAAAAAGAACAGUAAAGCUGUCCCUGGAAGACCUAGUCCCAAAAAAGAAGUUCAACGAAUUAGUAGAACAAAAACUGUAGGGCCUGCCUCAUAUCACGAAUUUCAAGCUUCUAUAAGUGAUGCCUGGGCUGUAGAGGAUGAUGAUUUUUGUUUGACGUCAGGUGUUGACAGUACCAAAAUAUCCAAAAAAGUAUCCCAGUCGGCUGCAUUAAAUGUAUUAAAUGUCCAUCGCACUUUCGAGGCUCCAGUUCAUCAUUGUGAAAAUGUAAACCUAUCAGUACAAGAAAAAAAUGUUACUCAUGUUAAAAAUAAAUUUCCUGGACGUCCUAGACCUCUGCCUUCCUCCACAAAUACUCUUGAUAAAAACACAGAGUCAAAAUUAGAACGUUUCGAAACUCUUUUAGCAAACACUCCUACUAUAGACGAACUUGCUCAAUUGAGUUGGUCAGGUGUUCCUCAAAAAGUUAGACCUAUAAUUUGGAGAUUACUGGCAGGAUAUUUACCUAUAAACCAAGAACGCAGACAAACUAUACUGGAGAGAAAAAGGCAAGAUUAUUGGAACUUGGUGCAACAAUAUUAUGAUACUGAACGUGAUGAGGCUAGUCAAGACACAUACCAUCAAAUUCACAUUGAUGUGCCUCGAAUGAACCCAUCUGUUGCUUUAUUUCAACAGGAAACUGUGCAGAAAAUGUUUGAGAGAAUUUUAUUUAUUUGGGCUAUUCGUCAUCCUGCAUCAGGCUAUGUCCAAGGCAUAAAUGAUCUUGUUACACCCUUUUUUGUUGUGUUUUUACAGGAAUUUAUUCCUAAUAAUGAACCAUUUGAAACCUUCUCUCUAAAUACUCUUCAUCAAGAUAAACUGGACAUUAUUGAGGCUGAUUCUUUUUGGUGUCUUUCAAAAUUUUUAGAUGCUAUUCAGGAUAAUUAUGUUUUUGCUCAGUUGGGUAUUCAACAAAAAGUUAAUCAACUCAAAGAACUAAUACAAAGAGUGGAUAAUAAUCUUCAUUGUCAUCUAAUGCAGCAUAACAUUGAUUAUUUGCAAUUUUCUUUUCGUUGGUUAAACAACUUAUUAACAAGAGAAUUACCUUUGCGUUGUACGAUAAGGCUUUGGGACACGUACCUCGCAGAAGGGGAUUCUUUUGCCUCAUUUCAGCUUUAUGUUUGCGCCGCAUUUUUACUGUAUUGGCGUGACAUGCUGCUUUUAGAGACUGAUUUCCAAGGACUUAUGCUGUUGCUGCAAAAUUUGCCAACUCAGGAUUGGAGAUCAUCAAAUAUAGAUAUGGUGGUUGCAGAAGCGUAUCGCUUAAAAGUCAUGUUCGCAGAUGCUCCAAAUCAUUUACAAAAUAACAGAAAUCCGAGAUGAUCUUAUUCAAAUCUAGCUGAUACAAAUUUUUUGUAUAUUUCUUGAAAUUACUGAUAAAUUAAUUGAUGUUUUGUUAGUCAAAAUAUUUUUGUAUCUUUUAGAUUUAUAAUUUCGCGUGAUUUUGAUAAAUAUAUACUAGAUAGUUGUUAACUGUU